CAGCGCCAAGCGAAACAGCUUCUCUUCAACUUCAUUUCUAUCAAUUUCUACCUUCAUUUCUUCAAAGCAACUGUCUCUACCUACGCUCUGACGAUUUCGAACCCCUUGCGACGAUUGUAAGAAAUUCGUUAUGAGCAGCAGCACUAAAAUCCCAGUCUGGUUGGACUGUGAUCCAGGACAUGAUGUGAGACUUGUGCCAAUCAUAAAAUAUGCUCAAUGACAUGCGAAACUCUUCCUCCAGCAGCAUAUGGCUGUCCUUACCUCGGGUUUCCGGAAAGCCCUUGUGCUUUGUAUUGCAUCACGUGACCGAUGCUUUUGCAAUCCUUCUGUCAGCUUAUCACCCCUCGUUAGAUCUUCUCGGUGUUUCAACAGUCCAUGGAAACGCCUCGCUUCCACACACGACCUGGAAUGCCACCUCUAUUCUGACGGCGAUUGGCAAGCCAGACAUCCCUGUAUACUCAGGAGCAGCAAAAGGCCUUAUCCGCCCAGCUGUCCACGCAGAUGCCAUCCACGGUGAAUCUGGCCUCGACGGCACCAACCUUCUGCCCACCCCCCUGGUCCCUCCACAGACAACUCCCUUUCUCCCCUCCAUCGCCAUCGCCCUCCUCGCCACACCUCCAGGAACAGCUUGGAUAGUCGCCACUGGCGCCCUAACAAACAUCGCAUUCCUAUUCCAAUCCUACCCCGACUUAGCCACCCACAUUGCAGGCCUCAGCAUAAUGGGCGGCGCUAUCGGAUCGUCUUUCACUGAUGCCCCAAUGGGGAGAGUAUCCGAGAAAGAGCGAAUCGGGAACUGGUCGUACUGGGCUGAGUUCAACAUCCUCGUUGAUCCAGAAGCUUCUGCUUUCUUGCUCGAGCAUCCUAUUUUGAGCAAGAAGACGACUUUGAUUCCGCUCGACGUAACACAUUUGGUGUUAGCGACGGGUGAGGUACAGCACAUGUUGCAUUAUGGGAAAGGAAAGGAGGGAGAUCUUGGAGUGGGGAAUAAAGAGUGCAGUACUCUCCGUCGCAUGCUUGUCGAACUCCUCACUUUCUUCGCAAAAACGUACGCCGACGUCUUUGGCAUCACAGCCGGUCCACCACUGCACGAUCCACUUGCCGUAGCAGCUAUACUGGACGGCAUUCCUGGCGUUGAGAUCCCAUUUUACGAAUAUAUUCCCAAUUCGACCGAGAAAAAAAGUAAGAGAGAGCGCUACGCUGUGAAAGUCAUCACAGAAGGCACACACGAGGACGCACUGGCUGGUGCGCAAACUGGACGAACAGUCGUGACGUUAUUAGCUGAAGGGGAGGAGGGCGUGAAGAUACCGAGAGGACUGGAUGUAAAGAGGUUCUGGGAUGUGUUGGAGGAUUGUCUCAUUGCCGCCGAUGAAGUGAAUAAAGCCCGAGGGGUGAUAUAG